CCACCCCCACCUCUCCCCCUUAGUCUCCUCUGUGAUUUUUUUUUUUUAUCUACAGACCAUAAAUAACAAAAUGUCUAAUGCAGUUUUGACCUCCAGUGUCAUUGAACCAUCACGAUCUGCAUUAUGACUUUUAAAUAUAAGACAUUUUCUUUUAAUGUUAUUUUUUUUGGGGGGGUCAGAUUUCACUCUGUAUGUACCCAACCAUAGACUUUAAGAAGAAAUAGUCAAAUAAAAGAUGUUUUUACUUUUCCUCACAAUAAAUAAAUGUGUUGCUAAAGAGAGACAUUGGUCCAGCUGUUUGCAUUAAAAAAUGUGAUAGAUACUGUGGAAUGCCAUUUAAGUCAGAAUUUAAUAAAUAAUUAAAUACAUGAAUAAAUAAAUAUGCUUAUGAAAUAAAAAUAGCUAUGAAAAAAAAUCCUAAAAUAUAAAUAAAUGAGGCUAUAAAUAUAUAAAUGAGGCAAUAAAGUUCAAUAAAUUAUAAAAGGAAAUUUGUCAAAGGGAUAUUUCAGGGAACUUUCAUUUCCUCAUGUCCAUUCCCCAUUCAUUUAUAUAUAACAGAUGGAAAUAAAGUGCUGGGAAAUAAGUGGCAUUAGUCAUUUAUUUAAUAUUGACCUAAAUUGCAUUCCAUAUUCUCCUGCGUACUGCUUUAAUUAUUCACUAGCUUCUCUUUUGUAUAUUAUUCAUGUAGUGGAGUGCUGUUUGUAAGCAUUUAAACUGGAAUAUGGCUCAAUUUCAGGACAAUAACAUUAAAAAAUAAGGCAGGAUUUUGCAGCUUUAUUGGAUGUGAAUAAACUGUGUUUUGUAUUUGAAAGUGAAAACAGCGUUUAGGUAUGAAAGGGGUUCAGGAGGGGAAGGAGAAAGACCUUCCCAUCCCCUGUUUGGUGCUCUGCGCAUGCUCAGACUGCACUCCCGUCUUAUUAAUUUUUAAUGGAAAAUGGCUGCGUUUCUUAUCCAAACCUCUGGAGCUGGGCAAUAAAACCACGUCAAAGCGGAAGCAUCUCGCAUGUCGUUAACGUUCACACCGAAACAAUCCGAUGUGGUGAUUAUACGUUAGCUAGCCGACGUCCUGUGGUGCGAAAAUAUUUGGGGAAAAUGGAUCGACUCACGCAUUGAGGGAUGAAAGAUCAUUUUUUUCCUUAACCCCUUCUGCACCGAGAUCUGCGAACAAUCGAGCAGAGGAUGAUGCGCCAGGUGACAAGCAGUGACUUCUGCAUGACUAGCAGGCCGUCGUGCCUAGCAGAGGACGGCCACCACCCCGCCUCCCACUUUGACCUGUGCACCCAGGCCAACAAGUUCUACCCUCCUCCCCCUCCGUCGGCCGUCCAGAUGACGCUGGCUCCUAUGACCUUACCCGCCCAGAGCCACAAGCCCAUGGUGUGCCAGAGACAGGAAGUGCUCGGGAGCACGCCUGGAAAAAUACCCAGCAUCAAAAGCGCCGAUCAAGCGACGGACGACGGCAAGAAGAAGAACAAGGCCGCCGGGAAGACGGGCAGACGCGGGAGGCCUUUGGGAACCACCAAGCUAGCCGGAUACAGAACCAGCACAGGGCGACCCCUCGGCACCACCAGAGCUGCGGGGUUCAAGACGAGCCCGGGAAGGCCGCUGGGUACAACCAGAGCGGCGGGGUACAAGGUCAGCCCCGGACGGCCUCCUGGCAGCAUCAAGGGCCUGUCUCGCCUCAACAAACUGGCUUAUGGUAGCACCUGCAGCGGAGCGGCUUUCCCCUAUCCGCUGCCACACAAGGACGUCCUCUGUGAACCUUCCUGCAAAGAGAAGACAGCUAAUGAGUAAAAGGCUCUACUCUCUUUCCACUCACCCUCCAUCAGUUGAAUAAGAGACGCAUGUGUACAGGGUUCCUGCCAGAUAUGGGGGUGAUUGUAAUCUUUCCCAGUCUGCUGUGAGGCUGAGAGGAGGAGAUUUUCUAUUAUUCGUGUUGGUGUCAUCUGUGUGCCUGCCACCUGAUAUAAUACUGUUAGUCUUUCAGUGCCACUGCUGGAGAUCUAUAGUGUGCGGGAGGUUUCACUACACCUUGCUGUAUCUGUUUUCUUGGGGGGGAAAAAACAAUAAUAUCAGAUGUUCAUUGAGCAGGGGGCUUUUAUCUUUCUAACAACUGUAGUGGUAGGUUCAUUUUUGGUGUGUUUUAUUACUGUAAACAAAGGAGACCAUCCUGAGAAGAUUAAUAGCCACAAUUGUGUGAAGUGUGUUGGGCUGCUUUACAGCACAAAACAAGGACACAUUUAACUUUGUAUGUUCAUCACACUACAGUUUGAAUUACAUAACAGCCAAUGCUGUUGGAUAUUCCCUCUUGUUCUUGCUCUCUAAACAAACACAUGCAAAGAGAGAGAGAGAUAGCAACAUUGGCUUUGCCACAGGAAGGUUUGUUGGAAACAUGGACUUUAUUUUAAAAAGCUAAAUGUUAUAUGUAGCACCUUCUUUGUGUCACAUUUGGAACAUGAGAGGCAUCUCCCAUCAGAGGAACAGUUGGAGGCCAAGUGCCUUGCUCAGUGGCACUUUAAAGACAGAUGAACAGCUAAUCCUCCAGGCUAACAGCGCCCCAAAACUGAAAUCCAAUGAAUCAAACUUCUUCCACUCGGCUCCAGAAUAACACAAAAAAAAACAUUAUUCCUGCUAAUGAUGUCUUACCGUUCACUCUCUUAAUGUCACCUCGAGAAAUGUCUAUGUAUAGUUUGCAUGCAAGUUUCAUCAAAGCAACUGAGUCAACCUACAGAUUGUUAUCCAAGUCCGAACUAAUGUUUUUUUUUUGUUUUUUUUUAACGAAAGGUAUAAACUAUAAAAAUGCAUAAAGAUGACAGCAACUUAGUUUACCCGCUGCUUUUCCUAUAACCUGCUAAUAAUUGACCAAUGUGGACCACCAGUUGAUCGCCACAGAAAAGUUGUCUGCGGGUAAACGUUUGGAUGAACGUGUGUUUUUCUGUCCGCAUUGUUACUGGGUCGCUCGUCAUCACUGUAAAAUUUGAGGUAGUUCAUCUGGCCCACUACAGACAGUUCAAAACCCCCUACUCACUGACAAUGUCACUGCAGGAACUGGAUUUUUGUUAGCUUUCUCCUGGUAGAAAUGGUUUCUCUACUCUGAUUUUUGUCAGCUUGCCUUGGCCGGGGUACCAUUUAAAAGGUUUCAAUACCAAUACAGAAGUUCUGCUACAGAUAACAAAAAUAUACAUUUUAUAACUCACUCAGUUUUUACAAAAUACCCCAAAUUUCUUGAAUGCAUUAAUGUUUAAUUUUGUUUAACACAAAGCAGCUGAAGAAGAGCUUUCCUUAAACUAGAUACACUCUUAAAUUAACAGGAAAUAUCUGAUCAAAGCUUAAGCAAACAAAAAUCUAAACAAGCAUUCAAUUCCAACUUUUUAACCUGACAGUUUUAGAUUCUCAUCGCUACAGACACAGAUAUAUGGAGAAAGAGAGUACAUUACUUUAAAAGGGACACCUUGUAUGUUUUGUCACAUUGUAGGUAAGGCUGCCACCCAAAGAAUUACUCUGUAUCUUUUGUGUUAUCCAUCAAAACCACUACUUGCGUUAUUUGAAUACAAAUGGAUGGAUAUCCAAAAUAUCAUCUUAUCUAUAAAUGAAUGUGUUGCAAAAUGCGCUGACUAGGAUUGAUAUGGCAGUUAACAUUGUAGUUAUAAUAUUUACACAAACUAUCUUUAAAACUAUCUUAUUUAUAUUCUUGGUCAAAGAUAGAAACAACAAUACUUAAGAUACAUGUUUUAAUUAGCAUUUUAACAACUAAUAGCCACAUACCGGUAGUUGACCUUAUGGAGCACUUAGAAACCACUAUCACAGGCGUGAUACGGACUACAAACCAUCUCAAUCAUGGUCUCAUUUGUUUACAAGGAUCACACUAAAGUAUACGAUUUUAAGUAUGUAUUGAUGUUUUCAUUUCUACAUGGUAAAUCAAUCUUUCAAGUUUUGAUUUUAACAUUGACAAGGUCAAGUCAUGUCUGUCUUUUUUAUGUUGCUAUUUAUGAUGUUUUAGGUACAUAACCGCAGCCCUGCGGAUCACUUGAGUGAGACUGUUGGGGAAGCUGGUGUUUUUGUGAAAUGCUAAUGUAAAGCGCAAACGGACAGAAUCGAAAGUUGCAUUGGUUUUAUUGGUUUCAUAUUUGUUAUUUCACAACAUGCUUAACGCACCGUAAAUACAACAGAUCACAUAUAGUCAAAUAUGAUUUAGAUCCAAUGUGACUGAUUGGCUAUUUAACUACUUUUCACAGUAAUACAUUCAAGUUUUUAUCAUUUGAAAUUUAAAUCUUAAAACUUGGUGAACAUUCACUUUUUGGUAUUAUUCAUAUACAGGCAUUUCAAAUCCUGAGAGUGAACAAACAGUGUAGCUCCACUGAGUUGCCCUCUCAUUAUAAUCGAUAUAAAAUAGUUACAUUUGGUGCAAUAAUCUGUUGUAUGUAUGUAUUGUACUGUGGAAACUUUGAUACUACCACUUUUUAUUAUUGUUGUAUUUUUAUACUUGUGUAUAAGGCCUUCUAUCACUUGUUUUGUUGAUGUGUGUAGUGUUAACAGAGGUUACCGAAAUGUCACAUACAAACAUCCUUCUCACCCUCCUUUACCAAAGAAUAAGACGUUAUCUAACUGUAGGCAUUUAUUUGAUUUAAAGAAACUAUUCCAACAUCUCACAAAAUAACCUUAGCAUGAAAUUUUCAGUGUAAAAUGUAAAUGAAAAAAACACUUGGCGACCACUAUCCCACUAAAGGUAUGAUUGUUUGAAAAAACGUCAAAUUGUUGCAUCUGAAUCGAUUCAAAUGGCAGUUUCUUGAAUGCAUUGUAAAUCGCUAUACAUUGAAGAUGUCAACUUAGUUAUUUGCAUCUUACAUCAUCUGUUAUUCAACUUUGAAAGUAGUUCUCUUUUUAGAUUUAAUUCUUAUGUAGCCUUGGCCCAAAUUUCACAGAUUUUCUUUUUUUUGAGAUUAUGGUUGACAUUAUUUUUUGCUGUUUCACAUUCUAAAGUUUGUCUCCAUUUACAGUGUUUGCGUUGGAAUGUUUUUUUUAUUUUACUCAUUUUGUGUUUCAGGCUCUGGAUAUGGUGAGGUGGAGUCGGAUGGGAUAAAUAUGCUAGCCAGAUGCACUGGAUAGCCCCUUUUUCACAGUAAGACAUUUUGACAUGUCACAGUAGGGAAAGCAGUCACUGUCACACUGUCAUGGCUUACUGAGACACUUAAAUAGACCCUUAAUGUUAACACCUUCUAAUGUCUGCUGUGAAAGAGGCCUUUGGUAGUCCCGCUCCAUCUUUUAGGUAGCCUUUGUUGCAGUAGCUUCGGCAACUUAAUGGCAGUUUCUUACUAAAAAUCUGAAACAUGUUUUGAGAUUUUAGUCAUUAAAACAAACAUUUGAAAUUAUUAUUUUGUCCACAGCUAGAGCUCCCAUGAUGCAUUGACAGUGUGCUGGUGGAACAUAUGCUAGCAUCUCUACCACUAAUUUCUGUAAAUCCAUGCAAUCUCUCAAAGGUCUUUUACCAGUGGUUCUUGGUCAUAUUCUUCUUUUUUUUAAGAUUAUUGUUUUGGCAUGUUAGGCCUUUAUUUGAUAGGACAGCUUAGACAUGAAAGGAGAGAGAGAGAGAGAGAGAGAGAGGGGGAAUUACAAAGGGCCGCAGGUGGGAAAUGGUGUUUGGUAAAGGUAGCUAAAAACAGAAUCAUAUUACAAUUCUUAUUAGUUGUCUGGACAUGGAGUAAACCACGUCCUGUUGAGCAAGGCUGUGUUUUAAGGGCUGGAAUACAUUUAAAGUUACUACAAAUGUGAUUUUGAUAGAGGGGAGUGGGACUGCUACAUGGCAUCUGAUGGGCAUCUCACGGCUCCUUAAGCCUUGAAACGGUUACAUUUAGGUAUGAAGCAGAAAUGGUUUAGACUAGGAUUAUAGAUUGCUUGGGCUAACUAAGUGUUUGACAUUGUUAUGAUUUGGGUGUGAAUUUUUAGCAGGGCUUCCUUCUUCAUAAGAAUGCCUGAACAUCGCAACAAUUUAGUCUCACAUUAUCUCAAAUAUGUGGCUUUCUGCGCUGUCGAAAUGGUAAAAAUCAAAGACAUGACAUGAGGACAGUGUACUAAUCUGUAUUUGCCAGCAUAUUAGGUGUAACCUCAGAGCACCCUGAAGGUCCGUGUACAUCACUAUGUAUCUUUGAGUUCUUAUCUAAAAUACUUUGUUAAAUGUAUGGACACGAUGUAGGCACUUACAUGUUAUAAAAAUACACUUUUUCUUUCCUGAAUUUUGUUUACUUGAUGGAAGGCACUGACAUUUUGACAUCUGACAUUCCUCUAAGGAGGACAUUGCAGAAAGGAUACAGUAAGAGAUUAAGGGAUGAUUAUGGAAGGUGGCUUACCUAAAAUACACUCAAUAAGAUGGUUAAUUUAUUGACAUUCCUUUAGUAUUAGCUGUAACAUUUUACGUUUAAGCAGUGCAGAAAUUGAUAGUUUGAUGUUUUCUUUGUUGUUUUUUUGCGUGUUUUUCUUCUCUUACGAUCAUCAGCAUUAAAUCACACAUGGUCUGUUGUCUGUAGAUGAUGAUUUCAAAAAAUAUUACCUCACAUUUUGAGUGUUUUUGAGAUGACGUGAAGCUCAGUUAUUCCUAAAGUGUGAUUGGCGACGCCUGUGAAGCUUUCUAUAAUUUCCAUUUUAUUCCUGCAUGAUUGUUGUGGAAUGUUCAAAAGUUGUGUAAUAAAUCUGAAAGCAACACAUUCUGCUGAAA